UUAUCUGCCAUCACGAACAUGUCUAUGUACGACCCAUUGGGAAGUGAGGCUGCGGCGCCGACGUGGGGAAGUCCUACCCAUUCCCGGUCACCCAGUCCGGAAGCGCCCAGACGUUCAGCUCCUCUACCUCCGGCGCCUCUCAUCACGGACAAGAUUCCUCAAAUAUACGGGCAGCCCGAACCUGGCCUCAUCACACCGCAGAAUAGUGCUGUGAAUGGAGAGCGACUGGAGAGACCAGAUCAAUAUCUUCGCGUGAGGAUCACCGCGCUCGACAGAAACAAAAAGGACAUCUUGAUCCGACUGGACGCUCAAACCAAUCUUCCGAAUUUCAGCGGACAAACAUAUCGCAAUAUAUCUCGCUCGUAUGGCGAGUUCCAACGAUUCGCGGAGACGAUCAUCAUAAGCUGUCCACAGACGAUCGUGCCUGCCCUUCCACUUGCUCAGACAUCGGCACCCUCAGAUGAAGAGGAUGAUCGACUAGUAAAGCAUGCGAUUCAAAAGUGGAUCACACGUAUAUGCGAAAAUCCUGUGAUUCUGCAGGACGAGGAAUUACGGUCAUUUAUCGAAUCAGACUUUGGUUAUCAACCAAAUGUCAGAAUAAAAAAGAAAUCAACUGGCGGUGCUCUCUCGAUCCUUAGGCGCAAUGUCCCCGAUGACGACAAGGACCUCGCCAACGCUCGCUUAGAUCUGACCCGGCUUGAGAUGCAAUUCUCAGAAACCGCAAAAGCGAUGGAUAAGCUGAGCAAAGCAAAGAAGGCUCUCGCGGCAGCGUACUCAGAGUUGGGGACCAAAUUGAUCAGUGUUGCCACCGCUGAGCAGCAUCAAGGGCUUGCUACAGCUGAGAGGAAGUUUGGCAGAGUUUGGCAUGCCGCCGGAGAUAUUAUUAACUCCGAGGCUGCCGCAGAAUGCGUUAUCUUGGGCGACUCGCUCGGGUAUCAGGGAAUGAAUGCCAGAUCUGCUAAGGAGACGCUCAUCCAGCGGACGCAGGUUUUGGAGGAGUAUCAGUCGGCAGUGAAGAACACAAUCGCCAAGCGGAGGGCGAUAGAGCGGCUAAGGGCGAGCUCAAACAUCCGACCAGACAAGGUCGAUGAAGCUGUGGAAGAACUAGAUGAAGCAACCAAGCAAGAGGACAUGCUCUCGAAACGCGUGCACGGCAUGGGCCAGAACUUGCAUCAAGCACUUGCGACCCACUCUCGACACGCGCAUGAGGAUGUGACGUUGUCGCUAGCAGAGCACGCCCGAGCCAACAUCUUGUAUGAGCGCCAAGUACUACGAGAGCUCGAGACUCUGCGACCCGAUCUGCGGGCGAUAACUAAGAAACCCAUCCCUGCGCCCGUAAUCGCUCCACCUCCAACGAAUGGCGCCUCUGUUGUUCCUACUCCAACGGUUGUGCCACAGACAGCGCCUCUUGCUUCCUCGUCGUCAGUGCAUCAGCAGCGACCAUAUCCUGCGAGUGGGAGCCAGACUGGCCCUAUGAGCGGGCAGUUUACUUCCCAGCAGCCGACACCCACACAACCAAUCUAUUCGCCUCUUCCCGGCCCUUCAACCAGUGACCCGCUCAGCGCUUCACCGCGCCCAGGGGCAAGCAGGGUGAAUGUACUAGCAAGGAGUGUACAGAUCGAGAAGCCACGGUUGGAUCCGAGGGAAGCAGCGAGUAAGCUGGCGAACUUCCUGUGAGCAUGCGGCGUGAGAAUGGGAUGAGGACGGAGAUAGGAUACCAGACACUGCUAUAUCUGCUGUUUUGUACGGUCGUGAUCAUUAUAUGACAAAAU